UUUCAGUCCUAGUCCGAAGAUUGUCCACAUGAGUGACGCAUCAAGGAAGUUAUAUAAAAUGUCUUCAAUCGCCUGCCAAGUGGCAGGAAGCCAAGACAAUGAUCUCGAAAGGCCGCGAUUCGUUGCGCGAAAGGAUGUCACCGCGGGCAAGCCAGACGGAGGAUUCCGAUACCGACCAGACAUGGACACCAUCUACUCCGCCGAACGAUGAAGAGAAUACGUUACCAUUAGGGGACACCAAGGAGAAGGAGAAGAAAGAUCCUAAUAUAGUUGAUUGGGAUGGAGAUACAGACUCCGCGAAUCCAAGGAAUUGGAGUAAAGGUUACAAGAGUUGGAUAACUUUUCAGCUUGGGAUGCUUGCGUUAGCUGCAAGUUUGGGAUCGAGUAUUAUCGCUCCUGGGGAGAACGCUGUUUCUCAAUACAUCGGAGUGAGUAGAGAGGUCACAGUUCUGACAAUCUCGUUGUAUAUUCUCGGAUUUGCUUUUGGGCCUUUGUGCUGGGCACCUAUAUCUGAAAUAUGGGGCAGAAGAUGGUCAAUGUUGCCUGCGAUGUUCGUCUUGGGUUUAUUUUCUAUCGCCACGGCGGUUGCGAAGAACGCCGAAACGAUAUUUAUAACUCGGUUUUUCGCAGGAGUGUUUGGAUCAGCUCCUGUUAGCAAUGUGGCGGCGGCGCUGGGUGAUAUUUGGGAACCGAAAGCCAGAGGAGUUGCGACUACAUUUUACGCAAUUGCCGUCGUAGGAGGACCAACCUUAGGGCCAACAAUCGGAGCAGCCUUGACAGUAAACCCUCACUUGGGAUGGCGGUGGACCGAAUAUAUCGAGGCGAUCUGGGUUUUUGCCACUCUGUUGAUGUGUGCCUUCGCACUACCGGAAAUCUACGGCCCCGUCCUGUUGAAGAGAAAAGCCCAGCGUCUGCGCAAAGAGACCGGCAACGAAGCACUCUACCACCCUGCAGAACGAAUCAAGUUAUCUCCAAAGACGAUAGCCACAAAGCAUUUUGCCCGGCCACUUCGUAUGCUGAUAACGGAACCCAUGGUCACCUGCAUAGCCUUCUAUGCCUCAUUCGUCUACGCACUGCUCUAUCUAACUCUAGAAGUCUUCCCUGUCGUCUUCCAAAAGAAUCGACAUUGGAGCCCCGUCAUUGGGUCCCUACCCUUCAUUGGGCUCUUCAUCGGCGUCUGUCUUGCAACGUUCGUCAAUUUAGGAAAUCAAGCCCGAUAUGCCAGAAUCUCUGAUGCCGCCCAUGGAAAACCAGUCCCUGAGGCAAGACUGGCCCCCAUGGCCAUCGGCGGUUUUCUCUUCGCUAUUGGGCUCUUCUGGUUUGGAUGGACAGCGACGCCUUCAAUCCCCUGGCUUUCUCCUGUGUUCGCAACACUCUUCAUCGGCGCGGGCUUUAAUAUUAUCUUCCAACAAUGCAUCAACUUCCUCGUUGACACCUACGGUGUCUACGCUGCAAGUGCGGUAUCUGCAAAUACUUUCUUGCGAUCUAUCAUGGCAGCAGGAUUACCGCUCGCAGCUCAGCCAAUGUUCCAUAAUCUGGGUGUUGGGCCUGCGAUGUCGAUCCUUGGGGCCGUAGCUACAAUUGCGAUACCCGUUCCCUUUGUGUUUAUGAAGUACGGAUUGGCAUUGAGGAAGAAGUCGUCUUUUGCGCCUGUAGAUGAAGAUUGAGAUAGAAAUGAUAAUAUUCGAGUUAUCUGGGC